AUGCCUGGGGGUGCGGUUCUGGGGGUGCUGCGACUGGGGGUGCUGGUUCUGGGGGUGCUGCGCCUGGGGGUGCUGACUCUGGGGGUGCUGCGAGUCCUCGUGACGGUGGAGUUGUGGGUGACCCUGUUGGAGGUCCUGGCGUUGGAGGUACUAGAGGUACUUCUGGUGCUGGAGGUGCUAGAGCUACCUCUACUGGAGGUGCUGGAGCUGGAUACCCACCGCAGCCUAAUCUACUCGAGGCGCUCUCGCCGCAGGCGAUUCGUGCGUGGGUCGUUCGGCGAGGCAGUUCUGGUGGUGGAGGGUACUGCUGGAGGUACUAGAGGUACCACUGGUGCUGGAGGUACUGGAGCUGCUAGGCCUGGAGGUACUGGAGGUGCUACUGGUGCUGGAGGUGCUGCUGGUGCUAGAGGUAUUGGAGGUGCUGCUGGUGCUGGAGGUACUGGAGCUAGAGGUACUGGAGCUGCUGGUGCUGGAGGUACUGCUGGUACUGGAGGUGCUGGGGGUCCUGGAGCUGCUGGCACUGGAGGUGCUAGUACUAUUGGUGCUAGAGCUGCGGGAGUUGCUGGUCCUGGAGGUGCUCGUACUAGAGGUACUGGAGCUGCCGGAGCUGGUGGUGUUGCUCGUGCUGCAGGUGCUACUGGAGCUGCUGACCCUGGAGGUGCUGGUGCUGCUCGUGCUAGAGGCGCUGGAGCUGGAGGUGCUGGAGCUGCUGGUCCUGGAGGUGCUCGUACUAGAGGUGCUGGAGCUGUCAGAGCAGGUGGUACUGCUGGUGCUGGAGGUGCUGGAGGUGCUGGAGGUGCUACUGGAGCUACUGGCACUGGAGGUGCUGGAGGUACUGCUGGUGCUGGAGGCACUGUAGCUAGUGCUGGAGGCACUGGAGCUGGAGCUGGAGGUACUGGAGGUGCUGGAGGUGCUGGUCCUGGAGUUACUCGUACUGGAGGUGCUGGAGGUUCUACUGAAGCUGCUGGCAUUGGAGGUGCUGGAGGUACUGCUGGUGCUAGAGGUGCUGUCGCUGCAGGAGCUAGUGGUGCUGGAGGUGCGGGUGCUACUGGUGCUGGAGGUGCAGCUGGGAGUACUGGUGGAGCUGCUUGUGCUGGAGGUACGGGGGUUGCUGGUGCUCUUCGCCACCUUCUCAGUCUUCCGCCAGGUGCUACUGACUUCCCUGUGGCAGGUACUACUCCUCCGUUACUGUUUCCACCGACAGACCAGUCUCAGCCGCCGCUGCUACCGCAAUCCCCACUUCCUGCUCCUGCUCCUUACACUACGGUGACACAGUCCCGGUCUGAGCGUCGAGAGCCUGAGACUCGUGCUUCCACCCCUGAGCGUCGAGAGCCUGCGUCUAGCUUUGACCUUGAGCCCGAGCCUAGAGCCGCUGUCCGUACUCGUGUUCCUCGUGCUCAUCGCCAGCGUGCUCCAGCUGUCCCAGGCACUCAUGAUAUGACACUCCGUCCUUCCUCUGUUCCACAGCGUGUUGUCAUGACGUUACCUCCUGCGUCCUCUCUUCCUGACAUUGCUGACCCUCCGUCUGACCUUGCUCGUGCUUCCAGUCCGACUGUUACUCGCUUUCUUGCUACGGUGGUGACUGACCCUUUGUUCUCGUAUCCUGCUGCGUCUGCCUUAGUCGCUGAGCUCAUGGACUUUGCUGCUGUGUACCGCCUAAACUACCUUGCGAGUCUUGUUUCUGACCCUAUCCCUGCCUGUCCUCCGUUCAUCGGGGGUGAGACUGCCCAUGGUUGUGACAUUCUUGAGGACAGGCAGGAGGAGUUGGAGUGCCUUGCGGCUGCUGCACCCCUUCUCGCGACCAUGCUACUUGCCCCUGAGGGAGACCUGGAUGCACUUGACAUCCCCACCCUACGCUCUUACAGAGAGGCGAUUUCGGGUGAGUACUUCUCUUAG